AUGAUACACCCAUGCUGGAAGUUCUUCGGCUUCCUCGCAGCAGCCCGACUUUGCGAGCUUGAAGUGGCAGACUCAGAUAUUACGACAUGGUGGCACGAGAAUUCCGUCAUCAACACCAAUACUUCCGUGGCAGCUGAUGAGGUCCGUCGUUCACGACGAUACAACGUCUCUGUUUCCCUCGCUGGCGAGGAUGACUUCCGUGACUCGUUCGUCUAUGAAUCCAUUCCUCGUAAUGGUAACGGCAAGAUGUUUGAUCCAGCUCAACCUGGGAAAGAGUAUGACUUUGCGGAUGGAGACGGAAUUACCAUUGAGGCUGAUGAGGGAAUCAAUAUGGCUUGGACGCAGUUCAUCUAUCGGAAAGAUGUCGAUGUUCGGAUUGUGACUACCGACGGAUCUUCGAUUGGCCCAGUUUCCAACGUUGUCAUUCGCCCUGUCGAUCUCGUCUUCACAGUCAAGAGUCCAAAGGAUAAUGCUGUGUUGAUUCGAGUCCCUUUCCAGAAUUCUGGGGCUAGAUUCUCUGUUGAGUUUAAGAAUGAUCUGUUCACGUACAGGUCCAACGGCACCGAUUAUGUGAACGAUGGCGGCGUCGUUGUGAGUGAGGAACCCAGGAAUGGUCUUACCAUCUUCGCCAGCCCGCCUCUUUCACAGGACCUGAUUCCCUCGAAGACAUCAAGCAAUGUACAGGUCAUCCACCCAGGCAAGAUGACGCAAGGCACUUUGGAGUCCAAGCCUACCAUAAUCUUCGAAUCGGGUGUUCAUUGGAUAGAGAAGGAUGGUGUUCUCGGAAAGGAUCACAUUAAGUUGAACUCAAAGACUCACUAUGUAUAUUUCGAGCCUGGUGCCUACGUCAAAGCCGCCUUGGAAUACACAACAGCAUACCCCACUUUCCAUACAGUCGGCUAUGGAGUGCUGUCGGGCGAGAACUAUGUAUACAUGGCCAACACAAUCCAGAACUACACCGCUGUGAAAGAUGACCGAUAUAGUCUUCGCAUGUUCUGGCAUCAGUCUGUCACAGAUAACCAGACAUGGCACUGCAUCGGCCCAACGCUCGCUUCCCCGCCAUUCAACACCAUGGACCUUUACCCAGUGAACAGCACUCCGCACGAGGAAGACAACAAGGUCAGCGCAUAUAUCCGGGAUUACAAACAAGUCGGAGCAUACUACUUCCAAACCGACGGAACUCAAAUGUACAGGGGCGCAGUUCGUGAUGUGUUCUGGCACGUCAAUGAUGAUGCUAUCAAACUAUAUCACUCAGGCGCCCAACUUCACGGCCUGACAAUCUGGAAAGCUCGAAACAACGCCAUUGUCCAGAUGGGUUGGAAACCGCGUAAUGUUAGUGACGUGUCGGUUAGUAAACUCCGCAUCAUUCACAAUCGGUGGAUCAAGCCCGAUGCCUAUGUUCCGUCCGCUGUUCUGGGCGCAGCGCCGUUUUACGGCGAUCCUAAGGAGAUCGAUACUCAGCGGACCAUGCAGGUCAAGAUUGACGACGUUGUCUGUGAAGGCAUUUGUGCAGCGCUCAUGACAAUUGCUCCGAUGCAAAACUUCGACCUGGAGAUCUCUCAGGUGCAUUUUGAGACGUUACAUAACGAUACGGAACUCAAGCUUGGGAGGAGCGUCGUUGGUAUGGAUGCGGGGGAGGGAAUGGACAAUUAUACUCCCGGGCAGGGAAACUUGACACUGGGUAUUCAUAUCAAGAACUGGACUAUCGGGGAGGUGGAGGUUGAUAAGAAGAAUGCGGGUGAGGAUGGAUUGGGUCAGCUAAAGAUUAACCCCAUGUUUGAUGGAGAUUGGAGCCUUGAGUAA